AAACAUGAAAGUAUUCAUUCUAUUGGCUUUGGCGCUAUCCGCCGUCUCUGCGGAGUUCUUGAAACAAGUACAUCCCAAGGACUUACCCAAGUCGACCAAAAUCGAGGGACGUAUCGUCAAUGGCUAUCCAGCCACCGAGGGCAAGGCUCCCUACGCCGUUGGCCUGAGCUUCAAUGGUGAAUGGUGGUGCAGUGGUUCCAUCAUUGCUCACGACUGGGUGCUGACUGCUGCUCACUGCACGCACGAUGCCAGCUCAGUGACCAUCUACUACGGUGCCACCUGGCGCACUAAAGCCCAGUUUACCCACCAUGUUGGCAGCAGCGAGUUCAGACAGAACCACAACUGGCCCCAUGAGAACGGCAAUGACAUCGCUCUGAUCCGCACUCCCCAUGUCGAUUUCGGGCACACGGUCAACAAGGUGGAGCUGCCCAGCUUCAACGACCGCUACGACAUGUACGAUAACUCCUGGGCUGUUACCUGCGGCUGGGGUGGUACCUAUACUGGUAGCCCACUGCCCGACUGGCUGCGGUGCGUCGAUCAGCAGAUCAUCAGCAAUAGCAAGUGCUCCCAAAGCUAUGGAGGCCUCAAUGAUGGCAUCCUCUGUGUUUCCACAACCGACGGAAAGUCCACCUGCAGCGGUGACUCUGGUAGUGCAUUGGUCCUCCAUAACGGCCACAAAUUGGUUGGUGUUGCCUCUUUCGUUACCAGUGGAGAUUGCUCAUCUGGCGCCCCAGAUGGAUUCACUCGUGUCACCCAUCAGUUGGAGUGGAUUCGCGACAACUCUGGUGUUGCUUACUACUAAACUUUCUAAUAAAUGAUAUUACAAUGAGCAAGAAUUGGUAUUUUGAUAAGCAUGGAAAAGUCGAAGUUUCAAUUUACUGAUCACUUCUUCUAAAGUUCGAACAACAAU